GCCAUCAUCUGCCAUGACCCAUGAUGUCUGCUGUAAACGUGAAAUUGCAUAAUAACAAAGUUAGUGAAUUACCGUUGCUUACUUUUGACUUUGCUCUGGAACAAGUUUUGAUAUAAAAUCAAAUUAACACAACAACACAUCACAAUAAGUAAUAACCAAGAUUCUUACAGAUCUUUUAUUCAUGAUGUCAUUUUAGCCUUCAAGCCACUGUUGCACUUUAAACAUAACCUUGAGUCAAAAUUAUCACAAAUUUUGCGAGAAGUGGCGCAGCGGUGCUCACAUUUCCUGACAUCGACCAUUAGAAACGCUGAGUGACAACCCAAAGGGCUGUCAUCUGGUGUCACCUUUACCCACUGCUGUCUGGUGCCUGCUGCACCCGCUGGAUAGGUAUCUGGCAACUGGCCGGCAUCCUGUGACGUCAUGUACACGGGCGACCUGGUGUCGGCGCUGCCGCUGCCCGACGAGCGGCCCGUCACCUCUGUGGCGGUGGUGGAGUCCGUCACCGGCUGCCCGCCGGGAUUCACAGUGGUGGCCAAGACCUAUGACCAAGACACAGACGCUGACCUAUGGAAGGAUGGCUUCUGGCGGCGCGAGACGCGGUACUUGUGCCUCUCCAAGACGGAGGGCAACAGCGGCCAUGUGGUGGAGGACGUGGCUAUCGUGGGCGAGCGAGACAUGCCGCCAGAUAGGCACACACCCAUCCCGCACACCACUGAUACAGGAAGCCGCGCCUGGAAGAAGAAGCAGAUCGUGUACAAGGUGUCUCCUGCCGAGACCGCCAUCCGAUUCGUGGUGGACGUGAUCGUCCUGAGCCGGCAGCGCUCCAAUCCCGACGGGUUCUCACUGAUUGGGGAGCUGAACGGCCUCACCGUAUGCUGCAAAUACGGCACCAAGGCGCGGACACCGCGACGCUCGGCCCCGGCGCCGCCCCUGCCAUACACGCCGUCCCCCGGCAGCAGCAGUAACGGUCUGGCGACGCCCAGCACCACGGAUACACUCACUCAGGCGCACGGAGGCAUUGAGGGAGUUCCCUUUGUGAUCAACCCCAAGCUGAGCAAGUCCAAGGAGUUAAAACACUUCACUUUGAACACCAGCUCAAUGACACUGGAAGAGCUGGAAAACCUGACCAACUACGAUUUCACGACGGAGUACGCGACAUUGCAGUAGGCUCUCCCGACACCUGUGACCCCGCCCGCCGCUGUCCAGUCGUCUCCUCUGCAGCACCAGCCGGUCAGACACUGGAGUCUGUCGCGCGUGCGAGUAUAUUGUACGGCAGCACGCGACAUGUGUGAUAUAUACACAACAAUUGGGGGCGAGACGGUACGACGAGACAGUCGGCACGAAGCGGCGCAAUCCGCGUACACUGCAUACUCACCGUCUUUGGCACGGAGUUGACAUUCGGAAGCGACAGUAACCACUGAUGGCAGGCGCUAGACGAUGCGUCGGGCGCGUGCACCGAUGGCCCCACCGUAAUGCGUGUAAAUGCCUCGAAUCUGUACACAGGCCUCGCAGGCACACUAAGCACGGACAAAUGCCAUUGAUAAACGGAUAAAAUAGCGUAGACAAGAGCAGCAAAAUGGAAAACUAUCGUCUCGAAGACGGGGCAGGAUUGCGAGACGCGCGCCGAGCGUCCGCCGGGGAGGGUGUGACGCGCUUUCACGUCACCGCCAUCGCGCGAGCACGCGGGUGACGCUUUGUCCAGGACGCCAAGAUGUAUGACGUGCGUCAGGCUGGACCCGAUAUGAUGUGUGAUCUUGUGAUGAUAUAUGCCAAUAUACUACGAUGAGCGG